GUGAUAAGACGUUAUAUGAAUUGCAGGGAUUGUCAUCAGCAGUUGCAAUAUUCUCAUUUCGAACAGCUCUGUAUUAGAGUUCGAGUUUAGAGUGAGAAUCUUUUGCCUUGAGAUCGCCAUGGUAGGAUGGACUGAAGACUAGAUUUUUUGCUGUAACUUCUGCUGAAGAAGGAACUGAAACUUGGCACUGGUGCAAAAAGCAACCUCAGACUUGGGACACACUCUCGCUCUCUACGGCCUCGCUGGCUCAGAGUGCCAGCUGCACGAACCUCCCUUUUGUGGCGUUUCAAAUACAUGAAAAAAAAGAUAUUACAGGACUGGUUUACGGGGCUCCGUGCUGAAGUCUGCUUCUUUUCCUCGCAAUAAGGUUUGAGACAAGAGCUCAAGUCUGGUCACAAUGUCAUAUCACGUGGUGCUGGUGGGACCGGUGCUGCUCUUGUCCGUGGUGAUGGCAACGGCUCAGGACACGUGUCAGGCCUCCUCGAACAUUCAUGGAAUGCCGGGAAUACCAGGGAAGCCCGGCCUGCCUGGCAAAGAUGGCCUCGAUGGACCCCCCGCGCUUCAAGGAGACCCAGGUAUCUCCUGGUUUGGUGGUGCCCUUGGUGGACAGGGAGAGAAGGGCAGCAGGGGGCUGGAGGGCAUGCCUGGCAAGGUGGGGCCUCCCGGUGAACUCGGACCAAGCGGGGAACGAGGCAAGCGGGGGGCAAAGGGGCAGAAAGGAGAAAUGGGAGACCAUACGAGCACUCACAAAUCGGUCUUCUCAAAAGCCAGGAAUACCAAUUCCUACCCGCGGAGACAGUUACCGAUAAAGUUCGACAAAAACGUGAUGGACGACCAAAGUUUCGACCAGGACUUUCGUCUGGGCAAGUUCACCUGCAGAAUCGCGGGCUUGUACUACUUCAUCUACCACUCCACCUCCAAGGGGAACCUGUGUGUGAACAUCAUGAAGCAGUCCAAGAAGGUGGCGGGCUUCUGCGACGUCAUGCACGACACCUUCCAGGUCAGCUCUGGCGGAGUCGUCCUCAAACUGAACGUAGGAGAAAAAGUUUGGCUCGAACCCACAGACUCCAACUCGAUGAUGGGGAUGGACGGAGCCGACAGCAUCUUCAGUGGGUUUCUCCUAGUGGACCAACUGAUUACAGCCAUGCAUCCGGUCAGCGUCUGCUUGGCUCUGCUCUGCGUUGUGAUGUUUCCAGUAGCUGAAGAGAGCGGAGUCCCUGGAAUCCCGGGAAUGCCCGGCAUCCCGGGAAACCCUGGGAGGGACGGCAGAGACAGUGUGAAGGGGCCGAGAGGAAAGCCAGGUUCCUUGGGGGCUGGUCCCGGCGAGAGUGAGAGGGGAGAGAAGGGAGAUGCUGGGAGAGUGGGACAGCCCGGGAAACGAGGACACAGCGGGAAACAGGGAGCAAAAGGGGAGCCAGGCAUCCCUGGAGAGAGAGGAGAUGUGGGCAAAUCGGGACAUCACAAGAGUUCCCUGAAGUCUGCAUUCAGUGCCCGCAGAGCUGGCAAUGAGUCCCCUCCUCGAGACACACCCAUCGUCUUCAGCCGAGACAUCUCGAACGACCAGCAGCAUUACGACAACACCACAGGGAAGUUCACUUGCUACAUCAAUGGCUACUAUUACUUUGUGUAUCACGCCACCUCCAACUCCAACCUGUGCCUCGGGCUGAUCAAAAACGGCGAGAAGAAGGUGGGUUUCUGUAACCGUGGGGGCGCCCAGCAGGUCACCUCGGGUGGCUCUGUUCUGCACCUGAACAUCAACGACACCGUGUGGCUGGAGCCCACAGACUACAACGCCAUGCUGGGCAGUGAGGACACCAACAGCUUCUUCAGCGGGUUCCUCAUCUUCCCCGAUUGAUCUCCGUUCACGUGAAGACAACGACGACGACGACAACAACAACAACCAACCCUUUCACCCACACACCACACAGUCACUGCACUUUACUCUAUAAUCGCUUUGGCAUGAGAAAGGCGCUGUUCCACAGGCAAGCAUUAUUAUUAUUAUGAAUAUUAUUAUUAUUACAAUAAUAAUCACAACUUGGCAUGUGGACUGCACUGAAGUGAAUCGACUGUCUAUUUUGUGGGCAAAACGAGGCAGCCAAUUGCGCACAGCAGUGUCCCACAAAUAAAACAGUCGUGUAUUGAGUGACCAAAUUCUUCUUGUUAUUACUUUUAAGGGAUUAUUAUGCCCAGAAAGCGAUCCGCCAA